GGCUCAGCCCAAAAGGUUUACAACACUUUUUGCGAGCCAACUCAGCUCUACAAUCUUUGGCGCUCAGAAUGGCGGAGAGGAACAAGUACAGCAUAAUUAUCCCGACCUACAACGAACGCCUCAAUAUUGCCCUCGUGGUGUUCCUCGUCUUCAAGCAUCUCUGGGAUGUUGAUUUUGAAAUAAUUGUUGUGGACGAUGGUAGUCCUGAUGGGACUCAAGAAGUUGUAAAACAAUUACAGCAAGUAUAUGGUGAAGAUCGCAUUCUUUUGAGAGCUAGACCUAAGAAGCUUGGGUUAGGAACGGCUUACUCUCAUGGCCUUAAGCAUGCGUCUGGAAAUUUUGUUGUAAUCAUGGAUGCUGAUCUAUCACACCAUCCUACGUACUUGCCAAGCUUCAUCAAGAAACAGUUGGAGACUGGUGCAAAUAUAGUUACUGGAACCCGCUAUGUUAAAGGUGGGGGUGUUCAUGGAUGGAAUCUUAUGCGCAAGCUAACAAGUAGGGGAGCCAAUGUUCUUGCACAAACACUUCUAUGGCCUGGUGUAUCAGAUUUGACUGGAUCUUUCCGGCUUUAUAGGAAAUCAGUUCUUGAAGAUAUCAUUAGUUCCUGUGUGAGCAAGGGAUAUGUCUUUCAAAUGGAGAUGAUUGUUCGAGCUUCUAGAAAAGGCUACCAUAUUGAAGAGGUUCCAAUUUCAUUUGUCGAUAGAAUAUACGGAAGUUCAAAGCUUGGAGGAUCUGAAAUUGUGGAAUAUCUAAAAGGCCUUGCAUAUCUGUUGGUCACAACAUAAAACAAAGCAGAAAUGACAAGCAAGUGAUCAUCUUUUUUCAUUUUGUACACUAGUCGUGUAAGGUUUUUCACUCUAUAAAUCAUCUUUUUGUUUAUGAAUUUUGAUAGGCCUUAUCAUACAAACAACUGCAGAUUAGCACAUUGGCUCGUGUUUAUGAGUCCAAGACUUUGGUUUAUAGGGACCUAGAUUUUUUUUAA